AUGCGCCAACUUGAUGGAAACAAGGAAGACAAACCAAAGCGUGCCCCAAGCGCAUACAACCUCUUCGUACAAGCCCACAUGAAAGAGUGGAAGGAUGCAUGUCCGACAAUGUGGUGGGAAGCGCCCGAGAACCCCAAUCGUGGCAAGGAGGUCAAACUCAGGAAGCCAAAAGCUGCAGCUGGCACACCUAAAGCCAAAGCUAGCCACCGUCAAGUGAUGUCGAGAAUUCCGGCAAGGUCAACGACGAGUAAUGCAUCGUUUUCUCUUCCGUUGCUCCUGACAUUAUAUUUCUCCGUAAUCAUUCACUGCACGCUUCCACAUAUCCCCUGA